UGAUCAACAGAUCGUAUUACACAAUUUUGUUAAAUUCAACAUCCGUUGCAGCAAACAAAAAUUUGAUCUUUACAUCGCGAGCCCUUGAAUUCAUGAUGUUUUCGAUCAAUUUAUUCCUUUUGCUUUCGGUGUCGUACCUUGCCCAGAUAUAUGUCAAAGGUCAAGAGUGUCCUAGAACAAACAGCAAUCCAUCAAAAAAUUGUGUGUCUAAAUGUUUACCUCGAUUUGGUUGUGCAUCGAAGAGACGGACAUGUAUUUGUGACGGAGAUUGUGGCUUCAGUUGUGUGAAGAAAGCUCUCAAGUGCCCAACUCCAAAACGUCCGGCAAAUGGUCAAAGAAACGUUAGUGGAAGACACUUUAACGAUACUGUGACAUUCUCGUGUAAUCUUGGAUUUACACUCACAGGAUCAUCUCUACGACGAUGUCGAGGUUCUGGGAACUGGGACGGAGUACAUCCAAUUUGUGGUAAACCUUGCGAUGAUCCAGGUCAAGGAGAAAAUACUUUAAGGAAGGAGCCAUUGAGCAGUGAUCAAUUUCAAACUGAUGUAGCUUUACAUUAUUCCUGUAUUAAUGGUUAUCACAUGACCAGGAAGUCUGGCGUCAUAACAUGUCAAAGUAAUGGAUCAUGGGAUACAAUUCCACCACAAUGCAAGCGUACUGUAUGUCCUCCACCGAAACUUCCCCAAUAUUCUUAUGUAAGAUCACCGUCAUGGUUUAAUACUUCUGGAGGGGCAGGAAAUGGACGACGGUUAUACUUAGCAUGCAGUCCAGGAUAUAAAAAGGUCGAUGGAAGUUCCUUGAUAUGCUCAGGUGAUCGAUGGCAGCCCCCGACGCCAAUAAAAUGUGUUCCGGUUAGUUGUGGGGAUCCAGGUUCACCAGUCAAUGGUCGAAAGAGUACUUUAAACUACAACUUCAACAGCAGGGUUUAUUACUUUUGUAACGAAUGUUAUAAACUUGACGGGGAUCAAUAUCGCACAUGUAACGCUGACGGCACUUGGUCAGAUGAACUGCCUGUUUGUAAAGAAGUGAACUCUCGAUGCAAGGAAAUUUCUAAUUUUACAAAUGGUAAAGUUCAGAUCACAUCAACACGUUGCGGUGGUAAAGCAACGUUCUCUUGUAAUGAUGGGUAUAAAAUUAUUGGAAGAUCUUCGAUGCGUUGUAACGAGUCAGGAAUGUGGUCGGAAACUUUUCCUCAGUGCAGAUUAAUCUUGUGUCCAUCUCUCAAUACGACGGACAGUGUUGUGGUUAAUGCCAGCGUUUAUCACCCCGGUUCAAGCAUAAAAUUUGCGUGUAUUUCACCAAAUCAUACUCUGCGCGGCAAAGAAGUGAUUUCUUGCAACUCUAAUGGCGCAUGGUCGCAUGAAGUACCCAAGUGUCUGGCUCCUUGUCGCAUCAAACCAUCUGAAGCUAUGAUAUCUCAGGAAUUUUACAAACACGGAACGAAAGCAACGCUAUCAUGUCAAGAUGGCUACCGACUUUCUGGCGUAUUGGAGAGUGAAAUGCCAUUUUGCAAUAAUGGUACAUGGCAACUCAACACACGAAAUUUUCCGUAUUGUAAAGAUGAGAAAGUUGUGGAAAAGAAGAAAUCGUCGUUUUGGGAGAAGAUAAUGUCAUUAUUUUCCAAAUCAAAUGCUUUUCAUGGUGAAGAUGAAGAUCCAAUUGCGUGCGGUACACCUAAAGAAGGCAACGCUCAUAACAGAAAAUCCAUUCAAUGUGAGGCUUGUCGAUCAAUACCAUCUGAUCAUCCAGGAUUUCGAAGUAUUGAUGAACAUUCUGAAAUAUUAUACAUGAGCUGUUGUAAUCCUGCACAUCAAGAUAUUUAUAGCAUUGUCCGACAAGCAUGUGUUAGAAGUCUCAGUUGUGAAAUAUGUCCAGGCCGAGAGGGUCCGAUAUUUUUUGGUGAAGAUGCUAAUGGCUCUGUUUUAAGUCAUACAUUUUUUCUCAAAGAUUCGCGAGCUAGAGAAACGGAGGACGGUGAAAAGCAAAAGAACGCUCUAGACCGUUUGGUGCCAAUCUACCAUUGGCAGGGACGCAAUUUUUGGGUAAAAACCAAGAAAAAUUACAAGGUCUUGCCAGAAAAAGUCAGGAUAAAGGAAAUGUUUAAAAUGAUGGAAGAAUAUGGACGGGAGCAUCCAGGAGAUGUUAAAGUAGUGAAUAAUGUACGUGUAAUUUGCUCGGAAAAGUUUUUAAUUGAUGGUUAUGGAAAAGCAGUGAAACGAUUGUUUCGAGAUAACUGUACGGAGUUGGCCAAACGAGAAAAAAAUAUUUUGAAUGAGUUUAAUGCCAAGCGUUCAAAUUAUGUUGUGAAUUAUUGGUAUCUUGAAGAAGAACCAGGCACAGAGUAUUUGUAUUUGAUAUUAGAUUUAUGUGAAGAAUCGUUGGAGAAAUUUGUAGAAUCUUCUAAGUUGGAGGAUCUUCAAAAAGUUCUUCCUAAGGUUAUUAUGCAGAUCUUAAAAGGUUUAGCUGAUCUUCACAGCGGCCCGCGUCCUAUUCUUCAUCGGGAUUUAAGACCUUCAAACGUUCUUCGAGAUGUACGAGAAAAUUUUUUCAUAGCUGAUUUUGGUAUAAGUCGAAUAUUAUGCAAUGGAGCUUCGACACAUUGGAGCGCACAGAGAGGAGCUAAAUAUUGGAUAGCUCCAGAGUCACAUGAUUUAUCAGGUACAUCCAUUGAUCAAGCUCGGUACAAGAAAGAAUCUGAUGUUAUGAGUGCGGGAAUGGUGGCUUAUUAUGUUGCAACCAAAGGUGAACAUCCUUUUGGACCUGAACGGUUUUUACUAGACAACUUGUUGAAAGGAAACCCUGUUGGCUUGGACAAAAUCAAGGAUGCCACCCUCAAAGAUCUUCUUUCGUGGAUGUUAGAGCGACUACCAGAAGAUAGACCAUCAGCCAACGAAGCGUUAAAACAUCCUUAUCUUCUGUCGGAGGACGAGAAGUUUGAAAUGUUAUGUAAAGUUGGAAAUCAACAUCCAAUUAAGACAAGUGAUGCUAAUUCUAACGUUGUUCAACAAUUGAAUAGUGAACCCUCCGAUUGGCAAAGACGAAUGAAUAGUGAUGUUUACGACUAUUUUGCACGGAUGAGUUUUCGUGUUUGCCACGAAGGUGAGAUCAUGACAAAAAUUGCUCUUUUUUCAUCAGCGGCUCACAUGAUCGUAUUACACAAUUUUGUUAAAUUCAACAUCCGUUGCAGCAAACAAAAUUUGAUCUUUACAUCGCGAACCCUUGAAUUCAUGAUGUUUUCGAUCAAUUUAUUCCUUUUGUUUUCGGUGUCGUACCUUGCCCAGAUAUAUGUCAAAGGUCAAGAGUGUCCUAGAACAAACAGCAAUCCAUCAAAAAAUUGUGUGUCUAAAUGUUUACCUCGAUUUGGUUGUGCAUCGAAGAGACGGACAUGUAUUUGUGACGGAGAUUGUGGCUUCAGUUGUGUGAAGAAAGGUCUCAAGUGCCAAACUCCAAAACGUCCGGCAAAUGGUCAAAGAAAUGUUAGUGGAAGACACUUUAACGAUACUGUGACAUUCUCGUGUAAUCUUGGAUUUACACUCACAGGAUCAUCUCUGCGACGAUGUCGAGGUUCAGGGAACUGGGACGGAGUACAUCCAAUUUGUGGUGAACCUUGCGAUGAUCCAGGUCAAGGAGAAAAUACUUUAAGGAAGGAGCCAUUGAGCAGUGAUCAAUUUCAAACUGGUGUAGCUUUACAUUAUUCCUGUAUUAAUGGUUAUCACAUGACCAGGAAGUCUGGCGUCAUAACAUGUCAAAGUAAUGGAAAAUGGGAUACAAGUCCACCACAAUGCAAGCGUACUGUAUGUCCUCCACCGAAACUUCCUCAAUAUUCUUAUGUGAGAUCACCGUCAUGGUUUAAUACUUCUGGAGGGGCAGGGAAUGGACGACGGUUAUACUUAGCAUGCAGUCCAGGAUAUAAUAAGGUCGGUGGAAGUUACUUGAUAUGCUCAGGUGAUCGAUGGCAGCUCCCAACCUCAAUAAAAUGUCUUCCGGUUAGUUGUGGGGAUCCAGGUUCACCAGUCAAUGGUCGAAAGAGUACUUUAAACUACAACUUCAACAGCAGGGUUUAUUACUUUUGUAACGAAUGUUAUAAACUUGAUGGGGAUCAAUAUCGCACAUGUAACGCUGACGGCACUUGGUCAGAUGAACUGCCUGUUUGUAAAGAGGUGGACUCUCAAUGCAAGGAAAUUUCUAAUUUUACAAAUGGUAAAGUUCAGAUCACAUCUACACGUUGCGGUGGUAAAGCAACGUUCUCUUGUAAUGAUGGGUAUAAAAUUAUUGGAAGAUCUUCGAUGCGUUGUAACGAGUCAGGAAUGUGGUCGGAAACUUUUCCUCAGUGCAGAUUAAUCUUGUGUCCAUCUCUCAAUACGACGGACAGUGUUGUGGCUAAUGCCAGCGUUUAUCACCCCGGUUCAAGCAUAAAAUUUGCGUGUAUUUCACCAAAUCAUACUCUGCGUGGUAAAGAAGUGAUUUCUUGCAACUCUGAUGGCGUAUGGUCGCAUGAAGUACCCAAGUGUCUGGCUCCUUGUCGCAUCAAACCAUCUGAAGCUAUGAUAUCUCAGGAAUUUUACAAACACGGAACGAAAGCAACGCUAUCAUGUCAAGAUGGCUACCGACUUUCUGGCGUAUUGGAGAGUGAAAUGCCAUUUUGCAAUAAUGGUAAAUGGCAACUCAACACACGAAAUUUUCCGUAUUGUAAAGAUGAGAAAGUUGUGGAAAAGAAGAAAUCGUCGUUUUGGGAGAAGAUAAUGUCAUUAUUUUCCAAAUCAAAUUAAAAAUAUGAUUAAAAAUAAUUUUUAUGUAAUUUGAAAUCCGUGAAAAUUUUUUAGACUGACAUAUGUCCAGACUAGAAUAAUUGUAGUCCGACAGACUAAAGUCGAUUGUGAAAAAAGUUAGUAAUAGUGCCUUUUCCUACCAUUUUCUACGUUUCUACGCAGUUUUGUUAAUGAGUACAUAAUCACUCCUCAAUAAUUAUACAACAUGAAGUAUUCAUUUUUAAA